AUGAGGACACAGGUGAAGCAGCAGAAAGUUCCGACCAACGCCGUUGGCGUACCUGUCUCUGGAAGAUUGAGGAAGUGCAGACGAGGAAAACGUCUGUUUCGUGUCCAAGCUCUAAAAAUGCUGUCUCAAAAGCAUUCGGAGCCCGCUUCCGGAUCGGAGUCAAGCGAUUGUAAAAGCAGCAGCGAUGGUGCAGCUGCGGGUGGCAGCGGCGCCGGCGGCGUCGCAGUCACCCUCACCUGCUACGACAAUACUCAAGAGUUUUUAUCAACUGGUCGAACGGGGCGACGGAAUGCCAUACCCGAUAUACAUGGUCGACACGCUGAUACCGACACUGCUGAUCUACCCCAGAGGCUCGAAGCCCUUACCACAGACUCGACAGAGGCGAACGGUACGAGAAGCCAACCGGAAGCCGAGCCUACGCAACAGAAUGUCGGUUGACAAAAGCGAUGCUCCACCUGGGGAAUCCAUUGAGUAAGCGUGGUCAGAUCCCGGCCCAGGAUGUUUCCUGUCUGGAAAAUGGCGAGAGCGCAAAGGACGUGCAACCGCGAGUUUAAGUGUAAAUAACGCAAUCAUGAAGAAACUCCAUCAUAAUAAUCCUUUAUUCCUUUCUCCUCUUUUCAUCUUCCUACACAUCUCCUUUACUCCUCUCUUCUUUUUAAGACCAUUUACCAUAUUACAUUCCCUUUGCUCAUGCGUAGCGGAUAGUUGCACGGAAGCGCAAUACUACAAAGUAUUAUUCACGAGAUCUAUAUACAUGAAGC